ACCUGUCACAUUCGGUCAACUGGUGGGAUAGUUAUUUUACCAUUUUGAGUCCAAAGGAGGAGCCCCAAAUGCCCUGUCCGAAGAAGAAGAAGAAGAAGAAGAAGAAAAGGGAAGAGAAGAAGCCCUGCUACUUUCCUUGUGAAAAGAAAAAACAUCAUCGAUCGAUCAUUCACCACUCAAUUGUCAAGAAGAAGAAGAAGAUGGAGACACAGCAUUCAUGGAGACUCAGACUGUCCUUCAAGAACGCAACAAUAGUCAUGACGGUGUUGAAUAUAAUCACAGUCCUUUUCUUGCUCAAGGGCUUUCUUUCUUCUCCCUCUACCCGCAACAACAAACUCGCACCUGACAGCUUCAAUUCAGUUGAGCUCAGCUACAUCAAGGAGUCUGAAGAGAUGCGCCUUGCCUUGCAACCAUGGAAGCUUAUAAAAAGAAUUAAAGAAAUUGAACAAGAAGCCUAUGCAGAACCUGAAACAGUCCAACACAAAGAUAUGAAGCAGACUGCUGCAGUUGAUCUUUCUAAAAGAUUACAGGAUAUCCGUUCAGUUAAUGAUGUUUCCAGUUUUAAAGCUUUAGAGGAAUGGCGUAAACGGAAGAUGGAACGAGCCAGACAGCGGGCUGUGGGAAAAAAUGGAAUAGGGAACUCCCAAGCUUGACGCCCCUCAAGAAAUGCGUGUUCAAGGGGAUUUGCGAAGCAUCAAUCAUACUCUACUAUGAACUCUCUUUAAAAUUGCAUACAUGUACAUAUAGAAAACUGAAUGUUACACAAAUCUCGAGCACUUCUGUGAUGGCGAAGUUAGUUGCUCGCUAAUGGUAACAGCUAUCAACGAACAACAUUGUUUUAGUGAUAGUGUGUAGAGGUGAAGAUCAUCAAGUCCUGCGAAAGGAUUUAACCUUUCCAAAGAACAACUUAAAACUGGAAGCACAUAAUAUUAGAAUUACGUGAAUUUCAAUAA